GUACCAUGUAACUACCUGUAUCAUUGCAGGGGCCGAGCCCUGAUCCUCCGUUGGCUAGACCUGUCAUGGCCGAGCCCGCGAUGGCCCCGAUGGCCGAGCAGAGUACCAAGACUCUGGCGAUUUUGGAGUUGAAGGAUGGCCACAUCGAAACCUUGGAGCGACAACUGGAUUUGGUCCAGUCCAAGGUGAUUGGCCUCAAGCAACACCUCCAAGAAGCCGAAGAGCGACACCACGCCGCCGAACAGCACCGCGCCGAGACGCUCCACCAGGCCGAACACGCCGCGCAGCGCGCGGCCGCCGCAGCGGCGGCGGCCGAGGAGCUUCGGAAGGACCGGCGGGCGGCGGAGGUGGUGGCAGCGCGGCUGGCUGAGAGGCUGAGAGAGUUAGAGGAGGAGAGCAAAGAGAAACAGGAAGAGGUGCUUCGAGAACAGUUGGGGAAGGAAGUCUGGAGCAUGGUGCAGUCUGCAGUUCAGCAGCACAGAGCCAGGCGUUCUGCACUUCAUCUCUCCCCUGAGAUGCCUUUGGAGAAUCCAAGGUAUGGAGAACAGCACUGGCUGGAGGAGGGGCAGUGCUACACGGAGGAGCUGCGGAGACUUCGUGCUCAGCGGGAAGAAGUGGAUGGACGAAGGAAGAAGCUAGAGAAGCUUGGCCGUGCAGAUCUAUUGCAAGCUGAGAGGUUAGUGGAAGGGCUUGAAGAAGAAGCCGCCCAGAUGAUGAAGCAGCAAGAGGAAAUCUUGAUGCAUGAGAAGCAGAGAAAGGUCCAGAAGAGGGAGAUCUACGAGGCUGAGGAGAGCUUAGAAACUCUUCACGACGAGCUCCAAGUCGCCGAAAGCUGCAUGAACCAUCCCUCUGAAGAUCUCUUGGCCUCCUUGUUGGGGCGCCUGGGGGUGUUGACGAAGAUGCAAGCCGUGCAGCAGGCGCGUCUCAGGAGCUUCCGAGUCGCACGUUCUGCGGCGGCCUCAACGGAGUCAGCGCCCACAUCAACCUUGAGGAGGAGUGCUCCGCCAAGAGCGGUGCCACUGGAGAGCGGUUCUGCCCAGCCUGUUGAAGCCUCCAAGCUGCUUGAGGAGUUAGCCACGUUGCGACGGGACAAUGCCGAGCAGGUCGAAAGGCGAAAAGCUUUGCAGAAUUGGCAGGACCUCGAUGAUUCCCUGGCACCAUCGACGUCGCAGCGGCUCCCAGUCCUGCGGCGUGUGCCGGCGCGGCUCGUGCGCCGGUUGGCACAGCUGGUGGAAUCGUCCGAGACGAUUGACCUUUUGGAGUUUCAAGAGGUCUUGGGACAACUGCUGGCACUCCGGAAAGAGCUCCAGCAAGAAGCCCUCGAUGCCCAGUUCAGCGCCGAGCACUUCCGAAGCCGCGUUUGCUCCUUCGACCCGUCCACCGCGGCGGUGGCCAGGAGAGCUCACGACCGAGCUGCUGCAGAUUCAUUUCGACUCCAUGAGGAAGUCAUGGCCCAAAUCUCCAUGGAGGAAGCGGCCCAGUCCCAUAGCUCUUUGGAGCUGGCGAAACUCAAGGCAGAGGCCUCCACUGUGGCCACAGAGCUUGGGGAGCAACGACGCCGUUUGCAGCACCUCCAGCAGCAGCAUCGGCUUCAGUCCUCGACCUGGGAAGUCGAGGCUGCAGCUGCGGCCGCUCGGGCCGCCGAGCGAGUGCUGCCGAGCGGCUGGCGAGAUGAGGUGGUGGAGAGCGUGUGGACCAUGGCACAACGAGCUGGAUAUGUGGCGGAAAGCUCGAGUGAGACGGAACAAGUACUGAAAGCUGCACAGGUCUUGCGGAUCUUGGCUUUCCAGCUGACCUCUAUGGAGUUAGCCUGGUGGGUCCAACAACAUCAGCUGCACUGCGACCGUUUUCUUUGCGCCAAUGCGCAGCUGGCACCGACCUCCGACGCGGAGCACGCGCAGCUGGCACCGUGGCGGCAGCGCUACGCGGAGCUGGAAGAGGCAGAACGACUGAGGAGGCAGGCACUACGCUUGAACUCCGAGGUG